CAACACUAACCAAACUCAAAAUGCCCCAUCAAAACUGCGAACGGCAAUCGAGGUGUAAAAUCCUUGUAACUCUCUUCCAUUCCCUACUCGUAAUCGCCCUUCUGGAUAUCAAAUUGCCCACAGUGAAUGCUGUGCCAACAGUUGGAGAAGAUGCAGCCACUGGGGCAGGUGUACCAGCAGGCAAUGAAGAAAAGCGCAACUGGCAAGCGCUUCAGGGUCCAUGGGGUAAGCGUGCUGCACACUACGGUACUCCGCUAAUGCCGGAGACAAUCGAACAGGAGGAAGAUGAACGUUUAGUGCCGCUUUUGAUAAGUAACGGUGAACGCGAAGAGCCAUUUCUCAAGUACUCCAUGAUGUAUCUAACCAAUGCCGGUACGCUGGAUCGCUUGUUGAACGACAGGCAACAGGAAGAGCAAAAUGGUCUAAGGUAUAACGACGAUCUCUUAACCUCGAUUGAGGAAAAUGAAGGUUUCACCAACAACAACAACAAUAAUGAUGAUAACGCAUUGCUGACGGAGAAACGCGCUUGGAAUAAAAUGAAUGCUGCCUGGGGUAAGAGACGUAAUGCGCCCACAUGGAAUAAAUUCAGAGGUGCCUGGGGUAAGCGCGAACCUGGCUGGAAUAAUCUCAAAGGCAUGUGGGGCAAACGUGCGUCGAAGGAUUGGGGGAAAUUGCAUGGUGGCUGGGGCAAGCGUGCUUUGAACUAAAUACAUGGGAUUGCACCGAAGUCAAUUUAGGCGUUAACCCUCUAAAAAUGUAUGCAGUUGAAAUGGAAUGACAAAUUUUGAAUAAAAAAAAAAACCUAAAAAAUAUAAAACAAAACUUAUGAAAUGUAAACUUAUAUUAUAGCCUAUUGUAAAUUUUAACCUAUCAACUACAUACAUGUGUACUUUGUAAAAUUAUUUCUCAUAUGUAUAAAAUAGUAAUAAUUCAUAUAGCGGGAGCUAUGCUAAUGUAAAAUACAGUUUACAACAUAUGUAGAUUGUAGUAUCUAAAUAUACAAACAUACACAUACAUGUAACAACAAAUUAGCACUUAAAUUAAAUAUUAACAAUCUCAUGUAUUAAAAUUUAUAAGAAUCUAAAUAGCCCCUCAGCAACAUUUACCACAAAAAAGAGAAAUUUAGCAAAAAAUCGAGUUUCCAUGUGGAUUUUUAAUACCAAAAAUGUAUGAAAGCCUUAAAUGUUUUGUGUAUGUAUUGUAUGUACAUAAAUGUGUAUAAUUCUUUUGUUUUGGUUCACAAUGUAUUCACAUAUGUAUUUCCAAGAGCGUCUUUAAGCAUUCUCCUCCCAAUAAAAAAGCAAUUUCGUACAUGAAAUGAAAACUCACAAAAGGGCAAAGAAUAGAAAAGAGACACAACCAGUCAAUUGUGUCUGGUUUUAUGUAUAAAACGAUUCAAAAUGCAAAA